UUUAAUUUUUGAAGUCAACAUAUAAAGUGGGCAAUGAGAUUUUUUUUAACUUGGCUGUCGUACACAGGUGAAAGAAAUUAUUGGUGCCCUUUUAAGAUCCACUUAUGACCAAGCGCAAAGGAUUGCAUAACAACACGCCCUCUCUUCAGUCUCUCAAAUUGACUUUUUCGUACACACAGAUGUCUCUGUCGAAAACUUUCUACCGUGCGGGCUGCUGUUGCACGCUCUGUGUAUGGGAAUGGACUUUGAAAUAAAGAUCUUCCCCAGGACCGGGGGGUUCGGACCCUACAACCGGUCAGUGGCAGCCUUCAGCUGGCUGUCGAACUUUGCGGUCGUGCUUAGCCUUUUCUCGGAGGUGUUUUUUACUUUGAAACCAGGAUCCUACCACUGCCGCCUGGACCCGUCUUUACUCCCCUCUGAGACCCAUAAUCUGUCUGCCCAAGAGCUACUGAAUGUCAGCAUACCUUGGGUGAAAGGGUCGGGGUUGAAUCACUGCGAACUUUAUAAAUACCCUGCAAAUUUUUCAAAUUUUACGACGAAUUUCCCAAAAGAGACUGUAAGUUGCACACAAGGUUGGGAAUACACGACUGGAGCCGGUCUUGAAGCCAAUAUCGUCACUCAGUGGGAUCUGGUGUGUCAGAACUACUGGAAGAUUCCACUGGAACAAAUCUGCUACAUGAUUGGCUGGAUCUCUGGGUACAUCGUUCUGGGUUCCGCUUGCGACAGGCUGGGUCGCCGGGUGAUCUUCCUGGGGUCGGUGCUACUCUCUGGGCUGCUCGGAGUAGGGGUGUCUCUCUCGCUGAACCCCAUCAUGUUCCUGUUCCUGCGGCUCUCGCAGGGGGCCGCCCUGGCUGGGGUGUUCCUCGCCACAUAUGUAGCUAGACUGGAGCUGUGUGACCCGCCCCGCCGCCUCAUGAUCACUAUGAUUGGUGGGUUCUUUGCAGUAGGCGGGGAGCUGCUGUUGCCCGGGCUGGCAGUGCUGUGCCGUGAUUGGCAGAUCAUGCAGUUAGUGGUUACUGUGUCUCUGCUGCUGCUUUUAAAUUACUGGUGGUGUACCUCUGUGUUCCCCGAGUCGCCCCGCUGGCUCCUUGCCACAAAGCAGAUCCAUCGAGCCAAGAGCGCCCUGCAGAGCCUCUCCUUGCGUAACGGAGUGUGCCUGAUCGAUGAGAUCUACAACUCCGAGAACCUGCUGUCAGAGAUAGACUCGGUGUACGCUGACGACUGUGAGCCGCGCUUCCACAACGUCUGCGAGAUGGUGGGCACGCGUGUUAUCUGGAAGAACAGCCUCAUCCUGGCAUUCACAGCGUUCAUCGGCAGGGGGAUCCAGUACUGCUUCACCCGGAACCUGCUCGGCUUCCACCCUCACUUCUACUUCAGCUACUACAUGCGCGCGCUGUCCAGGGGCCUGGCCUGUGUGCUGCUGUGUGUCUCGGUGAACCGCUUCGGCCGCCGGGGGAUCCUGCUGCUCGCGUCCAUCCUGACUGGCAUGGCGUCCCUGCUGCUGCUCGCCCUCACGCAGUAUCUGAAGGACGGGUUUGUCCUUGUGCUUUCCAUCGUGGGGCUUCUGGCCUCCCAGGUCGUCGCCAUGCUCAGUGUUUUCUUCGCCAGUGAGGUGCUGCCCACGGUCAUCAGGGGUGGGGGUCUGGGUCUGAUCCUGGCAGUGAGCUGCGUGGGUAAAGCUGCCUCCUCCCUCAUGGAGCUGCAUAACAACCAGGGAUACUUCCUGCACCAUGUGGUGUUCGCUUCCUUUGCGGUGCUGUCCGUGCUCUGCGUCAUGCUGCUGCCCGAGAGCAAGCGCAAGCCCCUGCCAGACUCCCUCAAGGAGGGGGAGAACCUGCGCCGACCGCCCCUCUUCCUGUCCCACAGGAACCAUGACCACCUGCCCCUGCUCCAGCACCGGCCCAGGGCUGCAUCGGAGUACAACCCCGAUGGCUACUCGAGCCUGGUCAGCGCCACCAAGAUGCUGGCCAGAGACUUUAAACUGUCAUCACCACUGACCCCGGAGCCACUCUUAAAUGGGAGCAGCACGCUGGCCAAUGAGGAUUCCUCCUAGGAUUUCUGUGUGAAACGUGCUCAGGAGAGACCCUGGCAUCCCUCCCCACAGUUAUAUAGGGAGGCGCGGAACUUCGCCUCUGGAAUCGCCUGUUUACAAUACAAUAGUUUAUAACCCCCACUCCCGCACCAGAAAAGAUAAGUUUUCAAGACACUGGCAACCACUGCAGACUAUGAUCAAGACACUUUAAUGCAUCUACCUGGACUUUUAGUCAUUCUGAAGAUCUGCUGAUCAAGACAGUAAGGCUAUGGUUGAACUAAUGCAUACCAUCUUUAACCCUGUUCAAAAGCUGCUGCGGAAUAGUAUUUUAUUGUAUUUGUUGUUUGGUUCUGACAUACAACUAUGUCAAGGGACUAAUCUUGUAAGAAUGUCAGCACCUUAGCAAUAACCUGGACUCCUGUCUUCUGAGCCAUGGCAAUAAGCAUCUGGGUUUGGCCUGGGAGGUGAAUAUAUUUUAAAUGCAGCAUUUACAGAUCACAAUGCAAUUCGGUAGAAGUGAUGGACUACUUUUUGAUAAUAUAUAAAAAAGAUAACGUUGUUCUUAAUGACAAACUAUUUUGUCGUGAGGUGUCGCUUUUUAAGAUAUUGUAGAUCAUGUAUGAGUACCAAAAGAAGAUAACUUGCAUGCAAUCAUCAUUCAAGACUACAAGUUGCUGCUCGGUCGCUGGGUGUUUCGGUGGUGCCUGCUUUUCUCAUCAUAUACUGUUAUCAUUUUAAAAUAUAAAUGGAUAUCUCUAUAUAACUAGCAGAAUACAAAGCUCUUUAUCUGGCAAGACACUAAAGGUCUGUUCAGUACAGGCUCGUGUGAAUUGAACUGACAAAUUAUGCUGUCUUAUGUCUGAUAAGGGGAGUAUUAUCUCUGUCAGUGACUGUUGUUGGUUAGUAAAAGUUUACAUAUUCAGCUCAACUGUGCUAAGAAAUUCUGUUCGAGCAGCAGCGAUCCGUCUUGUUUUAUUGGUGGUGAUCGAUACUCGCUGGCAUCGUGUCGGUCUCCCUACAGUGGUGUUGAUGAACUGACCUCGUGAAUAUGUACAAUAUUCAAGGUACUGUUUUAAUAGAACUGAGUACAGAAAGUUUUUCAUUUCUGUUCUGUAGACGUGCAUUGCAGUAUUUAUAAAAUGUAAAUUCAUACAAUACAAAUAAACUUGAUUUUAUAUUUAUUUUUGUUCCAUUAA